AGGCCCUCCAAAGGUUUAAGGGGUCCUCGAGUGACAUUGGGUUUCCCUCAAGAAUAGCGGAGAUGGAUUGAGGUGGAAAAGGGGAUUGUUUGGGUUUCGGUCAUUUCGCCACCAUGUUUCGCCUCAUGAUAAGCCAAGCUAAAAAGCAUCCAAGCUUGAUUCCUCUCUUCGUAUUCAUUGGUGCUGGAGGAACUGGUGCAGCCUUGUAUCUCAUGCGUCUGGCUGUUUUCAAUCCUGAUGUCUGCUGGGACAAGAAGAAUAACCCAGAGCCUUGGAAUAAGCUGGGACCCAACGACCAAUACAAGUUUGUCGCAGUUAGCACAGACUACAGCAAGCUGAAAAAAGACCGCCCAGACUAUUAAAGAAUAAACGUACUCCUUUACCAGCUGCUCAAAAUGAAGGUCUUUAGGUCUUCCAGAAGCUGUCCGCACAACUCAUCCUCUUGUUCAUCCAGGAAAUAUUGAAUUUUGUUGCACAUGGCACUUCAAUCAUGCUUUGGAAAAGAGCUUGUUGGGGCUUAAUAAAAUUAUGACGCUUGAAAUCUUCGUACUGACUGUCAUCUUUUGUGAAACAAGAAUUUUGUGAGAGACCAGUUUCCUAUAACAUGUGUUAUCACUGAUUCAAAAUACAAUUUAGCUAAAACUGCAUAUGUGAGCUAUUGAGUAAAAAAUAAGAUUUCUCAAUAAAAUUAAAACCAGUUACAAAA